AUGGUUCUAAUCUAUGUUAACUCUAGUGAAUGGGUGUCUAGUUGCAAUGAAGAGUGGAGUUUCAUGGUAGACACAUCAAGGCGUGGUCGAAUGGUAACAUUAGAAACUACUACUCCAUUGGAGAAGCUCAAGAGGAUCGUGUGUGAGGAUUAUGGGGUGGACUAUAUUGUUCUUAAUACUGAGUUCAGUUAUUCGAUGGUGCGUGCAGAAGGUAUAGAUGAGUCUACAUAUUUCAUGAUCAACCAGUGCGAGGGAAGACAUUCAUGUGCUCCUACAAAGAAAAGGAAAUUCGGAAAAACAGCAUCGGCAAGAACAAUUGGGACUCUGAUACAACAUCGAUUCGGUGAUGCAAAUGAUGGCCCAAAAGAAAAUGAAAUCAUUCAAUUUAUGAGAUUGGAGCAUAGUUGUGAGAUUACUUACUGGCACGCUUGGGAAGCUCGUGAGUUUGCUAUUGCAGCUGCUACAGGUAUACCGGAUCGCAGUUAUGUUAAAAUACCAGCAUAUUUGCAUAUGAUUAAAGAAGCUAAUCCUGGUACGCAUACUCACUAUGAAACUAAUGAGAAGGGAAGAUUAAUGCAUCUAUUUAUGUCAGUUGGGCAAUCAGUUAGAGGAUUCUACAAUGCAAUGCGAAGGGUGAUUGUUGUUGAUGGAACUUUUCUGAAAAAUAAAUACAAAGGUUUUUUACUUGUUGCUACUGCUGUAGAUGGUAACUCUAAUUUGUAUCCGAUUGCAUUUGGGGUUGUUGAUUCGAAGAAUGACGAUUCAUGGGGUGGUUCUUCAGACAGUUGA